AUGAUGCGGCGUUGUGUACUUUGUUUUAUGGCUUUGCUUCUGAGCACUGCCUGUGCAUGUGUGGCAGCGACAGCUGUAGCUGAGAGUGUUUCUCUACCUCAAACUCCUACUGGUGAAGAAUGUAAAACUGAAACUGAUGGUAAACAGUGUCCUACUGGCGGUAAUAAAGGUGAAGGUACUCAGAAUAAUUGUGAGAACUCUUCUCCGCCUGAAAGUUGCCCUACCGAGGGUGGUGAAAAUGAAGUCGUUUGCCGUAAAGCUUCUGAACCUCCUUGUCCACAACCACCAGCACCCAAGGAACGAGCACCAACAACACCAAAGGAACCAGCAAAUAAUCCACCAAAAGAAACCGCUAAAGGUCCACAAGAGGGUCUAGAUCAAUCUAGUGAACACUCUGGUUCUGGUGCUACUGUGAAUGGAACUGGUGGUGGUUCUAAUGGUGGUUCUUCUUCUGGUAUUCCUGAGGCACUUCCUCUCACUGCUGCUUCUUCUUCUUCUGCUGAGGAGAGUGCUGCUCCGACUGAAGGCGACAGUCAAGCUGGAGGCAGCGGCAGCAGUGCACCAGGUGAAGGUGCAUCAGAUAAUGCGAAUGCUGAGGAAACACAACCUUCUUCUCCCACAACUUCAGAGAAAGAUAAUGCCGGUGGUUCUGAUACUGCAAACACUGGAAAUGGCACUACUUCUCCAGAGGAUGAACCUCAAAAUAACUCAUCUAAUGUCGGAAAUACAGAUACAACCACCACCACAACAACAACAACAACAACAACAACAACAACAACAACACUUCCUCCUGAAUCCACAAACAACAAGAAGGGUGAUGCAGACAGCAGCAGCAGUAUCAGCAGUUCUGUGUGGGUGCGUGUACCACUACUGAUUGUGGUUACACUGGCCUGUAUUCUUGUGUGCUGA